CCCAAAGCCCUCUCGUGGCCCGGCCCCCAGCAGUCGGUGAGAGCUCCUGGGGGGCGGGGGGUGUAAUCCUGAGGCCGGGCUGGGGAAGGGUGUCGUUGAUCAGGGGGAGGCGGAACCCCGGGCCAGAGACGGGACCUCUGCAGGGCGACGGCGGGGGCGGGCUCGCCCUCGGUAGCUGCGAUGUGGCUCCGAGAUUGAUUCCUGCCUCGAUCUGGCCCCGGUCCGGGUCCCAGGCCCAGGCCCCCGGGGAGCCAGCCCUGCACCCCAUGGGGGUGCCCCUACCCAAGGAGCUAGGGCUGCUCCCCAGCCUGUGGGGCAAGAUCUGCCAAUACCUCCAGGGACGGGAAUCUUGGGACAGGCGCCUGGAUGAGCUGAACCUACUGCAGCAGAAGAGGAUCUGGGAGUCUCCACUGCUCUUAGCUGCCAAGGAGAAUGACGUUCGAGCCCUGACCAAGCUCCUCAAGUUUGACGUCUGUGAUGUACACCAGAGAGGGGCCCUGGGGGAGACAGCACUACAUGUUGCCGCCCUCUAUGACAGUUUUGAGGCAGCCAAGUUGUUGAUAGAAGUUGCACCCGACCUGGUGACUGAACCCAUGACUUCUGAGCUCUAUGAAGGCCAGACAGCACUCCACAUAGCGAUAGUGAACCAGAAUGUGAACUUGGUGCGGACUCUGCUGACCCGAGGUGCUAGCGUCUCUGCCCGAGCCACUGGGAUGGCCUUUCACCAGAACCCCCACAACCUCAUCUACUUUGGAGAGCACCCUUUGUCCUUUGCUGCCUGUGUGGGCAAUGAAGAGAUUGUUCAGCUACUUAUUGAGUUUGGAGCUGACAUCCGAGCCCAGGACUCCUUGGGAAAUACGGUGCUUCACAUCCUAGUAUUCCAGCCCAACAAAAUGUUUGCCUGCCAGAUGUAUAAUACAUUGCUAGCUUAUGAUGAGCAGAGUGGUCAUAUGAAGUCCCUAGACCUCAUCCCUAAUCACCAAGGCCUCACUCCCUUCAAGCUGGCUGGUGUCGAGGGGAACACUGUGAUAUUCCAGCACCUGCUACAGAAGAGGAAACAUGUCCAGUGGACAUACGGACCAUUGACCUCCACUCUCUAUGACCUCACAGAGAUUGACUCCUGGGGAGAUGAGCAAUCAUUGCUUGAACUCAUUGUCACAACCAAGAAGAGAGAGGCCCGUCAGAUCCUGGACCUGACCCCUGUGAAGGAGCUGGUGAGCCUCAAGUGGAGGAGGUUUGGGAGACCAUACUUUUGUGUUCUGGGUGCCAUCUAUGUUCUCUACAUGAUCUGCUUUACCAUGUGCUGUGCCUACCGUCCCCUCAAGCCUCGGAACAGCAACCGCACCAGCCUACGGGACAUUACUGUUCUCCAGCAGAAACUGCUGCAGCAGGAGUCUUAUGUGACCCGUGAGGACAGUAUCCGAAUGGUGGGGGAGCUGGUUUCUGUCAUUGGGGCUGUGGCCAUCCUACUUCUUGAGAUCCCAGACAUCUUCAGGGUUGGGGUUGCUCGGUACUUUGGACAAACUAUUCUUGGAGGGCCGUUUCAUGCCAUCAUCAUCACCUAUGCCUGCAUGGUGCUAGUGACGAUGGUGAUGCGGCUCACCAGCACAUCCGGGGAGGUGGUGCCCAUGUCUUUUGCCCUGGUUCUUGGCUGGUGCAAUGUUAUGUACUUUGCCCGAGGAUUCCAGAUGCUGGGCCCCUUCACCAUCAUGAUCCAGAAGAUGAUUUUUGGGGAUCUGUUGCGUUUCUGCUGGCUGAUGGCUGUGGUCAUCCUGGGAUUUGCUUCCGCGUUCUAUGUCAUCUUCCAGACAGAAGACCCGGAUGAACUGGGCCAUUUCUUUGACUACCCUAUGGCACUGUUCAGCACCUUUGAGCUGUUCCUCACAAUCAUCGAUGGUCCUGCCAACUAUGAUGUAGACCUUCCCUUCAUGUACAGUAUCACAUAUGCUGCCUUUGCUAUCAUUGCCACGCUGCUCAUGCUCAACCUGCUCAUUGCUAUGAUGGGUGACACCCACUGGCGAGUGGCCCAUGAGAGGGAUGAGCUCUGGAGGGCUCAGGUUGUUGCCACCACAGUGAUGUUGGAGAGAAAGCUGCCCAGAUGCCUCUGGCCUCGAUCUGGAAUCUGUGGUCGAGAAUAUGGACUGGGGGACCGUUGGUAUCUUCGAGUGGAGGACCGACAAGACCCAAGUCGACAACGAAUACAUCGAUAUGCCCAUGCCUUCAAUCCUUUGAUGACUGAUGAUUUAGACAAAGACUCACUGAGCAAAUUGGACUUGACCCCCCAUUGUGGUCAUCACCGACUAGGAACACCCACCCCCUCCAUUUCCCGAAGCACCACUCGAAGCAGUGCCAACUGGGAGAGGCUUCGACGGGGGACUCUGGGGGUAAACUUAAGGGGGGAGAUCAAUAGGGGCCUUGAAGAUGAGGAGGGGAGGGUAUAUCAAGUCUGAACCUCUUCCACAGGAGCCCAAAGAAGCUACCCCCUUUGCUCAGUAGGAAGGAAAGGAGGUCAUGUUCUUUGUCCCUUUGAGGGAGAUUGGAUUGAGCCAGAGAGAAUGCUCUUUAGGGUGUUCAGGCUCAGAAGGAGCUGGGUUUCAGUUUAUCUAGCCCCUGCUGGGCAUAUGGUAAAUUCAACAGUAUGUGUCCAUUCCUUCCCUUCACUGCCCGUGGUCCCCCAAAUAUCCUGUCACUGUGGCAACUUUCCCUCUCCUCAAGACCGAGCAGCUGAAGACACUGCCAGAACAAAGCACUUUAAGGAUGUUCUAUGGAGCGUCCUCCCCCCCCCCUACCCCCGCCCUUCUCAGGUACCCCUCAUCCCUU